AAAAUACAUACAAAACAAUUACAUCUGAAGAUAUCAGUCACUAAAUCAGAGGAGAACGGGUGCCAAAGCGGUGUGGGCCAAAGUGGAAUCAGCAGCGAUGCUUUGUGGGUAAAGUGCGUCCCGGUAUCCGCCCAUAUUCACCAAAAGGAGGCCAACCUGAGCAGCUAGGCCGGUCGACGUUGGGACAAAUGGAAAGUUCAAUCGAUUAAUUUGCACACUAGUUUUCGCCUCUUCCCGCGUGCUUGCCACCGAGUAGACAGAUCUAAUGCGGGUGUUUCGUCGUGGACCAGGCAAUGCAGACAUCGUGUGAAACCAGAGGACGAUCAGCUUGACUCAUUUAGUCGCCACUUUAGACGCGGAACUCCAUUCGUUUAAAGGUGAAUCAUGACGGAAUAUAAAUUGGUUGUGGUGGGAGCUGGUGGCGUUGGCAAGAGCGCACUCACCAUUCAGCUCAUCCAGAAUCACUUUGUGGAUGAAUAUGACCCCACCAUUGAGGACUCUUACAGAAAGCAAGUGGUGAUUGACGGGGAGACGUGCUUGCUGGACAUCCUUGACACUGCAGGUCAGGAAGAGUACAGCGCCAUGAGAGAUCAGUAUAUGAGGACAGGGGAGGGCUUCCUCUGUGUCUUUGCCAUCAAUAACACGAAGUCUUUUGAGGACAUUCACCACUACAGAGAGCAGAUAAAAAGGGUGAAGGACUCCGAGGAUGUCCCCAUGGUGCUGGUGGGCAACAAGUGUGACCUCCCGUCCAGGACAGUGGACACCAAACAGGCUCAGGAUUUAGCUCGGAGCUACGGCAUUCCCUUUAUAGAGACCUCAGCCAAAACCAGACAGAGAGUGGAAGAUGCCUUUUACACUCUGGUUCGGGAGAUCAGGCAGUACCGCGUCAAUAAGCUCAGCAAGGAAGAAAAGACGCCGCGCUGUGUCAAGCUUAAAAAGUGUGUUGUGAUGGGAGUCGACGAUGCCUUUUACACGUUAGUACGAGAAAUUCGCAAGCAUAAGGAGAAGAUGAGCAAGGAGGGCAAAAAGAAGAAAAAGAAGUCCAAGACAAAGUGCACACUCAUGUGAAUAAUCAGUCAUUUUCCAGACAGACUAAAAAAAGAAACUAUGUUGAACAGAAAAAGUAAUACAUUUUUGUACAUCACACUAAAUUAUUAGCCUUUUUCUCAAUACCCACUGUAACUAAUACUAAACUUGACCCACUUUGUCUGCCUUGCUAUUCCUUGCUACUUUGACCCCAAUAAGCUUUAUUUCCUCUUUUAGUGCCAGUUUCUCACAUGCAUUGGUUUGGUUUUACUGGGUGAUGUUGAUUUAACUCCCUCCAAGCUGUUGGUAAACUGCAUCACCGCACAUGCCUGUCGACCUUUUGAUUCCUUAGUCCUUUGGCAAAAGGUUGUCUCAUGGCAUGCCAAAGAAUGACUAUUCAUCCCUCAAAUGUGCUAUUGUCACUGAUAUGUAUGCAUGAAAUCCUUUACUAGACUUAAAUUGUUCUUACAACUUAAAAUGGAUACUAUUUUUUUGGGUUUUGUAUCUGGUGGCACUAUUUCACCUAAUUUUUGUUUGCAUGCAUUUUGGCUCGGAUGACAUGCGUAUAGCAAACUGCCUCUAGUUGAUGGCGGCGGCAGCAAUGACUGCUGGCCCAAGUCAAAACGAGUCUAGUUAAGUCUUCAGUAAUGUUUGUACAUGACUAAUUGUAUGAUCCUCUAGCCUUGUACUUUAUUUGCCAGGUUUCACACGUCCAUAAAAGUAACACCUUAUUUCUCAUGUGACGUUAUUGUUUAUACCUUUAAAGAUCUGACAUUGGGAUUCUCUACAUUAUACAUCUGUUAACCUUAUAGCUUAAAAGCAGAUAUUACUAAUGUGUAGGACCACAUUUUUAUUUUUUGGUUAAACAUGAGGCCGUCGUUAUUUUGGGGUAAAAUGAAAUUUUCUUUCUGCUAGACCGAAAGUGGUGUUCAGGUUGUGUUCAGUAUGAUGCGCCUUUCCAUGGUCCUGCUUCAUCAACGGGUCUCCAAAAUGAUUUUUUUUUUUUUUAGAUUUUGCUUAAAGAAUUUAAAACCCUGAAGUGUUGGGAUUGUUUCAGUCCACCUUUGGGUAGAAAUCAUCCAGCAGACUAGUAGUUCACUGUUAGUGACUGACUAGUGUGUUGUCUUGAUGUAUAAAUGAGGCACAAAUUAACAGAAUCGCUUUAAUUUUCAAUUGAGUUUAUUUGCAGAAAGCAGUUUGAAUGGCAGCACCCCAUUUGAACACUUUUUUUAAUCAGUGUUUGCUGUUUAAAGGUUAGUGACCCAUGUUUGCCAACACUGCACAGGCCACACAGGGUGUUACUCCACCGUUUGAGCUCCGACCACUGGGGGUCAGCCGAAACAUAUUUUAAAAGCUGUUAAAGGUUGUCUUUUACAAAACCUGUUGAAGUGUUUAGGUUUUAAUCCAUGAUUGUGUGCCAACAGUUGAUUUCUCACAUGAAUCACUUCAACAUUGAUCAUAUGUUAACAACUUUUGUAUAGUUGUGAUACUGAAAGGUGCAUAUUUUGUAAAUUGGUGUCUUUGCAGAAUGUUGCUUUGAUGGAAUUUCUCUGCGCUUUGUGUGUGACUAGUGUGUCUGUGUCCUGGGUUAGGGAAGUGAAUGAAUGGCCACUUUGCUACUUGGAGUGGUGAGCUGAUUUCAAAUGCGACUAUUUUUUAUUUUAUUUUAUUUUUGCCAUGAAUCUCACCACUCCUAUUUAAUGUCUAUUAAAGAACAAAAGGAAGCGGUC